UUUCGAUUUAGGAAAACUGCAAUGUGAUUUGUUUGCCUCAUAUUUGUGAUAAGAUUUAGUGAUGAACUCAAGAUUAACCUUAACAUGCCUUUUUCUGGGCAUUUCUUUUCACAUAUCAUCAUGUUUCGACCCAAUUUCUCUUGGAGCGGGGGCUGCAAUAGGUGUGGGAUCAGCUGUAAUCGGAGGCUGGACGUUCGUGCAGUGUCGAAUUUUCGAGUGUUGUAAUAGCCGAUGGGUGAACACUAACAUGACAGGUCUGGCUAGCAGACUUGAGAGCCAGCUGUAUGGACAGCACCUGGCAGUGUCUACAAUUGCCAAGCACAUCUCCGCUCACAUGCGCAAUCCUAACCCCACCAAAGCUCUGGGCCUGUCGUUUCAAGGCUGGACUGGUACGGGGAAAAACUACGCCAGCCAGAUACUGGCUAAGCACAUCUACAGAAAUGGCAUGCGGAGUAAAUAUGUCCACCUGAUAUCUGCCACAAGGGAGUUUCCUCAUGCAGACAAAGUUCAACAGUAUAAGGAGAACUUGAAACAGUGGAUCGAAGGCAACAUUACAAAGUGUGAGAGGUCAUUAUUUAUAUUUGAUGAAAUGGACAAGUUACCUAAUGGACUGCUUGACGUUAUAAAGCCCUAUUUGGAGUACUAUGAGGAUAUCAGUGGGGUUGUGUAUAGAAAAGCCAUCUUUAUUUUUCUCAGAACUCUAGAUGCACAUGUUUUGUUUGCUUUCACUAGCAAUACUGCAGGACAAGAUAUCAGCCAGAUUGCACUGAAGCAUUUUCACUCGGCUCAAGCCAGAGAGGAUCUUCAGUUGAAAGACCUUGAAAAGGAGAUAACCAGAGCAACCGUGAAUACUCAAAAGGGUUUGUGGCACAGUGAACUCGUCACAAAGAAUCUCAUCACGGCUUAUAUUCCGUUUUUACCUCUGGAGAGAAGCCAUGUAAAGGAAUGCAUCGUGGAUGUUCUUGUGGAUAAAGGUUACUUGAAAAGUCGCAAGGAGCGAAAGGAAAAGGCUGAUCUGCUGAACACGAUAGCUGAUGAACUUAUCUACUACCCAAAUGAUGAGAAAAUAUACUCCACAACAGGAUGCAAAAGGGUAGCAGAAAAAGUGGACUUUGUGCUGGAGGACAUUUGAUUUAUUUUUGUCUCACAGACUAGUAGUUUUCUUGAAAGAUGGCAGCAAAAUAGAUGGUGAGAGGAAUAAUUUCUAUUCUGUUUCUUGUUAUGGUUUUUUGUUUUGUUAUCUUUGUUCAAAUUUGCCUUGAAGAUUUGUAUUACUUGUCUUAUUUUGGCUUCCACCAAUUGGUUUUACACUUGCAUUUUCUUUCCCAAAUAAGAUUAUUACUCCAUCCUCGGUGGUUGUAAAAGUCUACAGUUUAUAAUUGCUGGGACAGUCAUAGAAUCAGCACAAUUUGUAUGUCUGUAGAUUUGCCAAAUCCAUUUCUAGAUGUAAAUUAUGGUGAGAGGAGAAUAAUGUUGUAAAUGGAUAUGGCAUGAGGGGUGUAAGUAGGUACAUUAAUGUUAACACCUGUACAGUGUAUGUGCCAGUAAUCAGCUUGAGAGCUUUGGUCAUAUCAAGUCAUACAGGGAUUAUCCUGGCUUUGAUCAUAGAGGGAGGGAUUAUCAUCACUUUGAUCAUACAGGGAUUAUCAUCACUGUGAUCAUACAGGGAUUAUCAUCACUGUGAUCAUACAGGGAUUAUCAUUGCUUUGACUAAAGAGGGAUUAUCAUUGCUUUGUGCGCAUUUGUUCAGCAAAAUGUUUUGUAACAAGGAUUCCUCUACGUUCUGCCAGGAUGGCCGCCAUCCUAUAAGUAAAAUGUUUUUAAGUACAGCAAAAACGCCAAUCAAAUGAAUGAAAGACAAAUAAGUAAAUAUAAUCAGGUUGCCUUAUUAUUCUUUCAACCUUCGGGUGUACAUGGAUCUUUUACAUGGGUCAGUAUAUUUCUUGUUAUUAAUGCAAACUCUUGACAUAAAUUAUGGUGACCCUGAGUGCUUUCAUAUUUAUGUGAAAAUAUGUCAUGUGCAGAUUUGUCUGUAGUAAUAGUUUGUUUUUCUUUUGAGUUAACAUUGUGUGCUGACUUUAUUUCAGUUAGCCAUUGUUGAAAAGUCACUGCUUAAUGUUUACUUUCACUUUAUUGCUAUUCUGAGGAUGAAAUACAUAAGGUAAGAUUAAUAAAAUUUGUAGCGAAAGUGCAUUGAAACUAAUAAAGUCAAAAUGAAAAUGUAAGGAAAGCAUGCAUUGAUGCAGUUGUGGACAAUUAUGUACAAUUAAUUGACAGCUAUGUGCAAUUAUGUAUGCAGUAUAUCUUAUAUCAUGUUGACAGCUGAUUGUAGUCUCUGUGUUGUAAGGGGCUUAAUUAUGUUCAGUUGUGGAUAUGUGUGUUGACGUAUAAGCCUACUAUCAAAUGAAAAAUAUAACAAUUGUAGCAUAAUUGAUAGCGUAAAUAUGACUUUGCUGUGUAAGAGAAUUUCUUCAGAGCUGUUGGGAUCUUUCCAAAUUUACAAGGUCUAAUUUAUUAUCGAACAGAAAAAGAUUAUUUUUGUUUGCAUGGUUUGGCUGUCGCGUAGAAAUAUGAGGCGAAUAUAUGUGUAUUUUGCUCUAAGGAAGCUGCCUUAAAUGUUUGUUGUUUGCCCUCAUUUAUUUAGUUGUACGAUAGUGUAUGGUAUCAGCUUGGUUUUAUGUGUGAAGUGAGAAAAAACAGUAGACCUACAUUAUGUAGCCUAAACCAGACCAGCGACAGCAGUGUGAUAUAGUUGGCAAAUUGUCAUAGUAACCGUCAAAAUACGCCCGGUUGUCAAUUUACCUGAUUUAUUGUUUAAAUACAGUUCAUUAGAAAAUUACACUUCCCUAGCACCACGGCAGAAUGAGGUAAAAUGCAGGGAUGCUAGUUGCAAUUUUUAGACGUCCGAUGCUAGAACUUCUCAAGAUGCUGUAAUGGCCAGAUUUAACUGUACCUCUGAAGAAUGGCUUUGUGGUUAGAAUGUUUUCCUCAAAAGGUCUGCGUAAUACCUUCUGUCUUCAACUCCCAAAACCACUUGGUUGAGGAUUUCCAUGAAUUUCCCUUUUUUUUUGAACUUGUCAACAAAGAGUUUUUAAACUGUUUCUUGGCCACCAUUAACAUUAGACAAACCCACAUUAAAACUCUCACUUAUAUCUACUCUUAAUCUCUUACCAGUUUGACUUUUCUCAUUAGAUGUUCAUUAUUUAGCUGAACACCGCUUUUGAGAUUAAGAAUUAGGCUUAAUGUUAGACAUUAACCAGAGAUGAUGCUUUUA